CUCUCCACGCACGCCAACACCAACCAAUUCACAUCACCAUGUCUCUCGCUGCAUCCCGUGCCGUGCUACGGCAGUCGACCUUUGCCGUCCGCCGCGCUGGCAUCCGCAAUGCUUCGACAACCUCGGAAACCGCGGGCGCUGCAAAGGACAAGGUAGCGUCAAAGGCCUCGGAAGCGUCUUCCAAGGCAUCCGAUGUCGCAUCCAAGGCCUCGUCCUCGGCCAAGGAGGCGUCAUCCACGGUUCAGUCCAAGGCGUCUGAGGGUCUGUCCAAGGUCACAAGCUCGGCGGGCGCGGCCAUGAGCAAGGCGGGCGAUGCGUUGAACAGCGCGGCGAACUCGGCGGCAAAGGUUGGAGGCAGGACAGGGAGGCUGGUCGGACGCAUCCAGGGCCUCGUCCCCCAAACCAUCUACUACUCAAAGGUCGCACUCGAGCUCGGCAGACUCGUCGUCCAGCAACGAAGCAUGGCACCACCCUCCAUCCAGACAAUGCAGAACUACAUGCAGCCCGCACUGAACUCUCUCAAGAACCCCAGCGCUCUCCUUAACCGCGCCGCGUCCUCUGGCAACGCGCAACCCGCCAACAUGCUCUCCCAGGUCCGCAACAUGUCGAGUGCACAAUGGACCUCGGUCGGCAUUGUCGCUGCUGAGGUGAUUGGUUUCUUCUCUAUUGGCGAGGCGAUUGGCAGGUUCAAGCUUGUCGGGUACAGGGUGGCUGAGCCUGCCCACCACUAGAUGCGUCACGUCUAGAGUUCAACCAAAGAAAGGGCGGAAAACUGUAACGACAGACUUGGAGGAAUUAUGAAUGGACGGAGACGCGCGAUUCAGGCGGAGAAGGCUGUAUGAUUGAGACGAGCUGAGCUGGACAAGCGUGCAAUUGCGGUGCACGUAGGACGCAUGAGCACUACACUGUACUAUUGCACACAUCUCUGAUUUUU